CAGGCUCUGCGUGGGUCUGAAGCUCCGCGCCCCGCCCCGCAGCCCGGGCGUCGCCAAGAACCCCGCCGCGAGGGUGACUGCGGCGCGGGCGGGAGGGCGUAAGGGGCCUCCAGAUGCCUGGAGCACAAAGGCGGCGCUGGUGGCCGGUAUCGCCCUGGGGAAGAGCUGCCCACUAGGCCCACAAUAUAAGGCUCGGAGCCAGCGCCGCCUCCGCACCCCGGACAAGUCCCAGGUCGCCCUGCUGCGCAGUGAGGCACCCGGAGCUCUGCUCAGGGGACACCGGCCUGGGCGCAGCGGUCGUGUGUCUAGCUGUACCAUGACCUUCCAGCCAGGGUGGUGCGUCCAUCUUUUCAAGUUGAGUGGUCCACGCCGUGUUGUCAGAAUCACAGCAGACACCUGCCAGUCCCUCCCCCCGAGGUAGGUGCUUCCUCCCAGUCACCUCCACACCUGAUGAAGUGCCCACAGCUGUCACCAUUGAAGGCUGUCGCCAGGGAGCCACCCGGACCUGCUGGCCGUGUCAGGGGUGGUCCUUAGAUGUCUUCAGAAUGCUCAGAGGCUCCCCUCACGUCUCCCUCCAACACCACCCACCUAAGGGUGCUGCCCACUCACAGCCUGGACCCUCACCUCUGCCGCUAACUUAACUAAACAACCCCUGGACCCAGCGGCUGCAAAGCGUGUUCAUCAGAGCGGCUGGUGUGAAGCGGCCGGGAGGGGUUGGCCCAGGGCGGCCGCAGGCUCCGCAGCCCAGCAGGGGUCCCGGCCCGGGAUGAGCAGCCGCACCCCGCUGGCAGAGAAAGCCCUGUCGGAAGGCUACGCCCGGCAGCGGUACAGGGACACCUCCCUGCUCAUCUGGCAGCAGCAGCAGCAGCAGCUGGAGUCCGCGCCACCCAGGACCUACCUGGGCAGGAGCCGCAGCAUGUGGUACUCCCGGUACGGAAACGAGGCCAUCCUGGUCCGGGACAGGGACAAGCUGGAGGUCUCCAGGGACACGGGCCAGUCCAAGUUCUGCACAAUCAUGUGACCGCAGAGGGAACGCCAGGCCCAGGGGCCACACGAUGAGCCUGGACCCGUUCCGGUCAGCAGCGGCGUGGGUCUCCAGGCCUCCCGUGGAGAUGCGGUGGGGUGUGAGAACCCCCAACCCCAGGCGUGGCUCCAGGCCCCUGGGCACAGGGCCGGUGCAGCUGGCGGCCUGGUCUCCCCACUGCCCGGGAGCUGCGGGCCCGCCCAGCCGCGCUGCUUCCCUGUCGGGGUUCCGAAACACCCACCGACAGGGACCCCAUUUACAAACAGCUUUUCGAGUUUGGUGGGCUUUUUAAUUCAACUCAUUGUUUCCUUCAGUGGCAGCUGACAUUGAGUGUUCUGUUAGCGUCAGGCUUUCAGUUGUUUUCCGUGUUCACUUCCGCCCGAAGAAAGGGUCAGGCCUAGAAGACAGGUGCGAACUGACCCCCAGGACCGGAAAGAGUGCGACCGGAACGGUCGCAGCAGGAAACGGCUGCGUUUCGGCCAGGUCCCCGAAGUGACCAGCAGGCAGCUCCCACACACCCGAGGGCUUGCGGGCAAGUACAUCCGGAGCCCGUCAGGGACCCAAACAUGACUCGUCAUUUCCACGUCAGUGCCCCCGACAGCGUCUCAGACCCAGCGGCGGGGGGCAGCUGCAGCCCCCUCCACUGGGAGGGCCUGGGUGCCGGUCACCGUGCGUGCAGGCAGCCGAGGCCCCACGAGCAGCUGUCGGGUCCCCGAGAGAGGACACGCAUCUGCUGUGGCUGCAGUCGGCGUGGCUUGGACAGAGCAAGUCCCCGUGUCAGAGCUGACUUUCCUUCACUACCACACACAGUAAACGCGGCAGGACUCCUCCCGCUCGCUCCACGCCGGCUCCCGUGUGCGCUUGGCCGCUCUCGGUGGCCUCUGGUGACGCUGACCCCCUGUACAGACACGUGAAGGGCAGAGGAGCGGCACCCUCCCCAGAGACAGGCGGCCACAGCCACACAGCCGCGCCCCCAGGCAGUGGCCCACACUGUGCAUUUUGGAGUUUUUCUCUCGCCCCCCCGCUCAGACGGCGUUUAUGCCGCGCUCUGACUGUCUGACUGGUGGGGCACCUGUGCGGUGUGCGUCCUCGCUGCCGCUGUUCGCGCAGCACGCUCCGUGCCGGGCUGGGCACGGUUCUCUCAGCAGCUGGGCGAGCUUGUUAGCAACGAGCACCCUGGGAGUGGCCCCAUGGGGCCACAGGACAUCCCCCAUGUCUGCGGCAGGCCCGGGGCCUGGAGUCCAACUGCUGUGGUUGGUGCCUUACUGGAGUCGCAGGGCAGCCCCACCCUUCCGCCCCGAGCGUGGCCUCCGCAGGGGGGAGGGUACUCCGGCCCGGGAGCCCUGACCAGAGGCCCCCAGUGGACAGGUCCGUGGGUGUAAGUCCCACCUGGGAAAAGAGGCGGCCUCAGUGCACCUCCCGGGGCCUCGGGCUGGGCCCUGGCCCUGGCCCUGCCCUGGCCACAGCCAGUGUCCGCACAGGUCAGAGUAUGCAGGCCACCAGGCCCUGGGACCCUCGGAGGACGGCUGCCACUGCGCCGCUAGGGAAGCAGGCAGACACCUGCCUGAGGUCAGUCCGCCGCCCAGCCAGCCCCGCCCUGGGGAGGUGGCCGGAUGAGGGAGGGGCUGAGCCUGGCCGUGCCGACAGCAGUGAUGUGAGGCGGAGACACACAAGCAGGGUGUGACUCACGCCCACCGGCCGGCAGUGAGCGCGGACACACACGCAGACAAGCAGUUUCCGUGGGAAGUGAAAAACGGAAUGGCCACUCUCUGGUGGGGGAAGCGCCUGUUCACCAGCCAGAGAGGCUUUUCAUUGGUUUCGUUUGCAUAAGAAUUGAGGCAAAGCUCAUCACUCAUUGCUGGGAAGUAAGGAUCAAACAACAGAUAAGAAGGAAUCCUGAGGGCCUAUUUUGAGUCAGGGUCAAAGA